AUGAUGAUGACGGCAGAACUAUCAUCGGAAGAGCACUACGACACGCCGUGGGAGUUCCUGGCGAGACCCAAUUCGGUGCGGCUUUCCAGCGCCCUCGACGCGUCUCGCUUCUCGACCGCCAACGCGGAUUCGCGCGUGCUCGUCUCUCCGCAUGGCUCACCUUCGAUGUGCUCCAGCUCGUCGUUCGUCAACCAACUCGUGCAGAUCGGCAACUCGGCAGUGGACAGACGAAAACAACGCGACGAGAGCAAGAGACGGAGACCUGUAAGAUUAUGAGCAUCAAGAAGUUGUACAAACAUUGUAUCAUUUUCAGAGCGACGAGAUUUACUUGGAGCAGAACAUGAACAGAGUUGAGGCCGAAAAGAAGCUGGAGCACCGACAACUCGGGGAUUAUCUUUUAAGGUCGAGGGGCGAGGGAAGUGCCGCUCUAUCGCUGAGAGCCACCAAAGGAGUCGUGCACAUCAAAAUUGAGUGGAACGGCGAGAAAUGGGUUAUUGGUGAGUCGGUUUAAAAAAAUUAAAGCGUUGUUACAAAACUGAGAAAUGCCAGACAAAAGAUUUUGACACAUUUGCAUAACUACUUAUCAUUGGAGCGAUUCUAAAUCUGCCAAUUGCAGGCGAAGGCCCUCUGUUCCGCUCGAUCAACUCUGCGAUCUCCUUCUACCGCCGCCACCCGCUGCCGAUCCGUGGAGCCGACCAUCUCGUGCUCAAGCAUCAGCUCAAACCCUUCUAA